CAUGGAGUGCAUUCCAUUAGGGAGUGAAGAGAGUGCCAAGAAGGGUCCACCUGAAAAUGUUUCAUCCGAAAGCCUUGAAGAUUUCAUACGCACACUACCAACAAGAGAAGGGUGGUCACAACCAAUGGUUCUAUACAAGAACUACUGGUGCAGACCUCACCUGAUUGGUAAGAUCAUGCAACUUCAGGACUCCUUCAAGCCCCGCUACAAAGACAUCAUCCUCGCCACGCAACCCAAAUGCGGCACAACCUGGUUGAAAGCCCUUGCCUUCACAAUUACCAACCGUUCUCGUUACAGCUUCACCGACCACCCUCUCCUCACUAGCAAUCCUCAGUACCUCGUGCCAUUCAUCGAGAUCCCUGAUAAUGGCAGGGACCACACCUACCUUGAAACACUCCCUUCCCCAAGGCUCCUCUCCACACACAUGCCAUUGUCGAUGCUCCCACCAGAGACUAGCUCGCACGGCUGCCGGCUCGUGUACCUAUGUCGGGAACCCAAAGACGCCCUGGUGUCAAGGUGGCACUUCGAGAAUAGGAUAGUGGAGGGUUCCAACAUAGAGCUGGUAAAAGCUUUCGAUAUGUUCUGCGAAGGAUUCUCCCCUUCUGGCCCGUUCUGGAACCACUGCCUCGAGUACUGGAAGGAGAGUCUAGCAAGGCCCAAUGAGGUUCUUUUCUUGAAAUAUGAAGAGAUCAAGUCGCAUCCAGAGCAGGUCGUUCGGCAGCUUGCGAAGUUCCUGGGAGUGCCACUCACCGAAGAGGAGGAAAGCUCCAGCGUUGCUGAGAAGAUGGUGAAACUUUGCAGCUUUGAAAAUCUUACUAGCCUGAAGGUUAACCAGACUGGAGGUGUUGACCAUGGCAACAAGAUUUAUGUCGAGAAUUCCGUGUUCUUUAGGAAAGGCAAAGUAGGGGACUGGGCGAACCACAUGAGUGAGGAGAUGGCAGAAAAGUUAGACCAUGUCGUCGAACAGAUGCUGAAAGGAUCUGGACUAGCCUUCUAAUUUGUGCUAGAAUGUAAUCUUUCUUCUCUUUUCAAAGGUCUGGAUAGUGUUUCUUCUCCAGACUACCUUUCUUUAUUCUUGGGCUUGUUGAGCUGUUCCCCCAGCAUGACCCUCUAUUGUUUCCGUGCUUUGAUUGC